GCAGCUUAAGUCUGUUUAGGGUGUGGGGACGAGUACGCAGCGCUCAGGACAUAUCUGGGAUGGCCUGCACUGAUGGGGAUAUUCUGCAUUGGGAGAAACGAAUCUGGAACAAAGCCCAUGACUGUAAGCCUAAAGAAGAUGUUACGCAAAAGUGCACCUGGCCUUUUUAUGAAGUAAAAUUAGUGCUUAUCAUCAUUCGUGAAGACGGAAACAAAACAAACAUAUACGAUGCUCGAGAAGUUGCACAUCAGUGGUUGACAAAAGCAUUAGAAGAAUGGUCAACAAAUGUAUAUUUGCAUAAAGUCAAAGUGUUUCCUAUAGGAAGAUGAUCUCUUGCCAGACCCAGACACAAACCCACCCUUAACAGCGACUGAGUCUUUGCCUCGUACAACUGAAACACUAACAACC